CGGGCUCGUUCGCGCCUCCGUGUCGCAUAUAACCACGUCGCCAACAGCCCCCGCAGUCGCUGUGAGCACCGCAGCCUCCACGAGUCACGGCCACCGCAGCAUUCCGACUAGCGUGCCUUACCGAAAAAGCGACGGGCAGCGGGCCACAGCCAAACUCCUUGGGGCGUCCUCCGUUACUCCGCAUCCGACGGCAACGCCUCUGACAUAGCCUAGCCACUCUGCACGGCAUCUGUAGGCCGCUUAGUGAGAUGCCUGGGUCCGGGAAACGCAAGGCUAAGAGGCCUUCGCGCCCCAUUGAAGUUCGCGACCUCUCUAAUGUCGACAUACCAACUGUCAUCGACUCCUUCGUUAACCAAAUCAACGAUGCUCGUGGCUGGUCGCAUGUUGUGGCUCUACUCUGCAGGAUGUUCGAUUUGCCAGACCUUAAUAGCCGAAGUGGGCUGAGAAGGGUCCAUUCCAACUUUGAACAGGUUCAACGUAAGCUCGAUGCUGCAUACAACAAAUACCGUGCCAACGAGAAAGUUACUGGAGGCAUCGUUGGUAUCUAUUCCAAGAUGUCCAGAGACGCCAUCCUUCGCAACAAGAUCAUUAAUGCUGGACUCAUGCCAAAGCUGCUUCCACUACUCGACAACCCAAAGACGCGCCUUAUUGGGCUACAAGCCCUGUCUAAUGUGACACAUCAUGGCGGCUCCGGAAUCCGUCGCGAAAUUGCGCUUACGUGCACGCCUACCCUACUUCGACUCAUGGAAGAGUUCCCGGACAACGCCGCAUAUAACGAACAGAUCAUCGUGACUCUCGCGCACGCCAUCAGUCCUGUUGUCAACGACGAGGACUCAACAGCCUCCGCGAAGGCGGCGAACAUCCGAAAACUGAACGUCCCCAGAGUCCUAGAGCUGGUCUUCAGCAACAUCAGGAAACCGGACGCGUCUCAGUGUCUUCUGUCGCAUGCGAUUGAGUUUCUUUGCAGUGUUAGCGAGAACUGCCAUAAGGAAAUCAAGGCGAACCCUUCUGCUCUAAACUUGCUCGUCGCGCUCCUACGGUCCAAAGAUCUGUUGACCCGGGUCGACGCCCUGGGGGCUCUCUGCCGCCUCGUCUUCCCCGAAUCUGAGGAGGACUGGCGCUUCAUGGACCCGAACAAACUCAUGGAUGCCAUAGAGCGCGGCUUCCCUCCCCACCUGUCUGACGCUCUAAUGGAUUACAGUCCUACAGAGUGCGACACCUUCCUGAUCAUGUUCACGAAGCGGGACUACAUCAAAGCGAUGAUGCAAGUCGCCCAGGACAAAGACCUGUACGGCCUCGGGAAGAAGCUUGCCGAGUUUGUCACGCGCACCGAGUUCUCCAUCUCGGACGGGGGCUACCAAGCGGUCGACGAACGUACCGGCCGCGUGAAGGACCUCGACACCGACGGACUGCCUUUCAAAAUGUGGCUCGACGCGCUGCCGCACUGCGCGAAGGCGCUUCGGACAACCGGCACGCCUGCGGACCUCGACGCGGCGGACAUCAUCGAGUGCAAGUUCUACAUCAUGAAGAGCCGCGCCGCGGACGCGGUGCGCAUCGCGCAGGCGGCGAUUGAGCGCAGCCCGCAGGUCGCGUACUUCUACUACGUCGUCGGCCUCGGCACGGACCAGGCGCUCGGGCUGCGCGCGAGCAAGAAGGGGCUCAAGGCGAAGAAGACCACGCCGUUCGUGCGCCACUACCUGCUCUGGCGCGCGGUCGACCAGGCCGGCCAGCUCGGCCUCGCGAAGCUGCAGACCUCGCACCACGACACCGCGGGCUGGUCGGAGGGCAUCGCGUUCUUUACGUCCGCGCUCGAGGACGCGAAGCGCUUCGUCGCGGAGACGCCCCCGGACAGCCGCAACAUGCGCAUCGUCCUGAAUUGGUACAUCCUCCUGACGAUCACGAUGCGCGGCCCGGGGCUGAGCAUUAACCUCAGAGAGCUUGAUAACGCACUCAAGAAACUCGAGAUCACACGCGAGUUCGGCAAAUUCUACAGCAUCCCGGACAGCAAGACGCAGCUGCGCCUCGUGCGCGACGUCAUCGUACAGCGGUACGAGCAGGCAGAGCGCGAAUGGCGCGACCUCAUCCCGCGUCUGGACAACAACCCGCACUCCAGCGAAGACGUGCAGAAGCGAUCUGCGCUGAACGCGGAGGACAACCUCGCAGCGUGGCUCGAGGGCCUGAGCGUCGAAGAGCACGGAGAGCGCCACUGCAGCCACCCGAGCCUGAACGCCUCGCCCGCGGAGCUGUGGCACUGCUCGCACUGCCACAACCCCAGCGCCAUGCUGCGCAAAUGCUCGGGAUGUGGCAAAACGAGGUACUGCGAUGCGUCGUGCCAGAAGCUGCAUUGGUCGGAGCACAAAAUCGCCUGCAAGCAGGCGCAGGCGCAGGCACAGUCGUAGGAACACGGAUGCUGUAAUUUAUUGACAUGUAUUGCUAGCAAUGCUGUAUUAUCAUACUCAAAUCUUGGUCGCAAUGCAACCUUCUUGUCAC